GUUUCUUUGUGUUGUUUUGGCAGCGGACGACGACGGCGCGAACUUCACUGAAGAUCGAAAAUGGUGAACAUUCCUAAGACAAAGAAGACUUACUGUAAGAACAAGGAAUGCAAGAAGCAUACCUUGCACAAGGUGACACAGUACAAGAAGGGUAAAGACAGUCUUGCUGCCCAAGGAAAGCGUCGUUAUGACCGUAAGCAAUCUGGUUAUGGUGGUCAGACCAAGCCUGUCUUCCACAAGAAGGCUAAGACAACCAAGAAGAUUGUGCUGAGGCUCCAAUGCCAAACCUGCAAGCAUUUCUCUCAACACUCAAUCAAGAGGUGCAAGCACUUUGAGAUUGGUGGAGACAAGAAAGGGAAAGGAACUUCUCUGUUUUAAGUUGUUUCCUCUUAUCUACUUUAUUAUCUUUUGUUUUGGUACUUGUCUUGCUUGGACAUGCGAAUACAUUUUGAAUCUUCCAGAAAUUGGUUAUUGACUUAUGAACUAUUAAAGGGUAUUGUAUUAUUGAGAACCUACUUAGGACAGACACUAAUGACACUCAUUUAUGCCUUUUCGAGGCCGAUA